AUGGAAGCUUUGAGUUGUUUCUUAGUGUUCAUGUCUCUGUUUUCCGGUUUAGUUUCUGGAUUUGCUCUGCAAAACCUUCCAAUCACUUCGUUUGAAGAAAGCUACACACAACUUUUCGGCGACAAGAACUUGUUUGUUCAUAAAGACGGCAAAUCUGUCCGGUUAACGCUCGACGAAAGGACCGGUUCUGGGUUUGCCUCAAAUGAUCUCUACUUACAUGGAUUCUUCAGUGCUUCAAUCAAAUUACCUUCUGAUUAUUCUGCUGGAGUUGUUGUUGCCUUUUAUAUGUCAAAUGGAGAUAAGUAUGAGAAGAACCAUGAUGAGAUAGAUUUUGAGUUUCUUGGUAACAUUAGAGGAAAAGAAUGGAGGAUUCAGACAAACAUUUACGGAAAUGGAAGCACUCAUUCGGGAAGAGAAGAGAGAUAUCAUCUCUGGUUUGAUCCAACUGAAGAUUUUCAUCAAUACAGUAUCCUCUGGUCUGAUUCACACAUCAUAUUCUAUGUAGACGAUAUUCCGAUAAGAGAGGUGAAGCGAACAGAGUCGAUGGGCGGUGACUUCCCGUCGAAGCCGAUGUCUCUCUACACAACAAUAUGGGACGGUUCUAAAUGGGCAACUAACGGUGGCAAGUACGGUGUAAAUUACAAAUAUGCCCCUUACAUCGCCCGGUUCUCUGACCUAGUCCUUCACGGCUGCGCCGUGGACCCGAUCUCGCAGUUUCCGAUGUGCGACGAAGGAGCGGCCGAGGAUAUCCGUGCGGCGCAGGAGAUUACGCCGUCGCAGAGGGGUAAAAUGGGUAUUUUCAGGCGGAAGUUCAUGACUUACUCGUACUGCUAUGAUCGGACAAGGUACAAGGUUGCUUUACCGGAGUGCGUGGUGAAUCCCGCGGAGGCUAAAAGGCUUAGGGUUUAUGAUCCGGUUAGGUUCGGUGGGAUCCCGAGGCACCAUCGCAUCGGAAAACGCCGUAGCAAGAGAAGCCGUGUUGACGGAACAGAGUCGAUAUAA